GUUAUGCUGAUCAUUUGCUUCAGAUGUAACAGGACAUCAACAGCUUCACAGCUUUACAAUUCACCUUGGAUUUACUUCAGGAAAAACAAUUCAUUGCAUUCAAGUGGCAGCUUGAUUUUCCUGUACCAUGGGUUCUUCACUGACACGCUGUGCAACUCUUGAUAAACCAUGGAGAGACGUACCAUGGGGCAAGAAAAAGAAAGACUUUGAUCAUGUGAAGAAGUUCAAGCCUCACUCAAAAGUUAAAAAUCUCAGAGUUCUGCUGCAUGGACCACCAGGCUCUGGAAAGUCGAGUUUCAUCGACUCUGUUGACAGCGCUCUACGAGGAAGAAUUUCAACUCGAGCUUUGGCAGCUACCAACAAUGAUGGCAGCUUCACUCAGGAAUUCAGAAGUUACAAAAUCCAGAAAGAAAAGCCUGGAAACUUUUAUCCUAUUGUCUUCAGUGACACCAUGGGUAUUGAGAAGGGCUCUGGGAGAGGAGUUGAUGUGGAAAAUAUCAAACUGAUUCUAAAAGGACACGUCAAUGAAGGAUUCAAGCUGAUUCCUGGCAGUAAACCAACUGGAUCCCACUACAAAAAAAAUCCGACCAUCAAUGACAAAGUCCAUGUCCUGGUUUGUGUUGUUUCUGCCACCACAGCAAACCUGAUGGAUAAUGAUUCUGUACGCAAGCUAAUGAAGGUCAGAAAGGAAGCCGGGGUCUUAGGGAUCCCCCAGAUAGCUAUUCUCACUAAAAUUGAUGAAGCCUGUCCUGAGGUCAAAAAAGAUAUCAGGAAUGCCUACAAGAGCAAGUACCUGAAAGAGCAGGUGGAAAAACUGAGUGUGACCCUGGGGAUUCCUAUAAACUGCAUCUUCCUGGUGAAGAACUACAGCACAGAAACUGAAACAAAUGAGAAGACUGAUGCACUGAUCCUGCGAACAAUGAGAAGGAUCAUCGACUACGGACAAGACUUCCUGAAUGAAAACCGUUAGUGAUUCAUAGUUCAUAACAACAGAAUAAGAUGCAUGCUCUUUACAACGUUGAUUAGUUUAUGGCAGGGGUUGGCAAUUAGCUGCCCGCGGGCCAAAUGUGGCCCGCCGAACCGUCCAAUCUGGAAGUGCCCUAAAAAAAGUGGCCAGACGCCAAAUCUAAUUGCCGACCCCUUGUUUAUGGGUUUUCUUCUUCACCAUCGUCUUUGUUUUUAUGUUCAGAAAUGAAAAUUUAAUUAAAAUGUGCCCA